CUCACAUUCUAUAAACGCAUCCCAUGAGAUUAUAGAUUUUGUCGCGAUUCACAGUCUCUCUUGACUUCACAUCUCUGCCUACCAGCCAUGUCUCCAUUCUUGCCUUGUGAAACUCGCUCCGCGUGCGCGUGAUUUGGCGUUAUCGCAGGUGCGGCGCGUGCGCGCCCGGCGUGAUGAUCGGCGUGAUGGCAACUGCGACUCAUUCAUCAACAACCUCUUUCUCCAUCUUUCUCCCGUCCUGAAUCUACUUUCAGUACAAUAAGAUGGUCUACUCUUCUCGUUGGGCGCUGUGCGCUGCUAUGACAAGCGCGACUGCGCUACAAGUCCCUCUGCUCUCGUCAAACAACCAGGCACUACUCGGCCACCCAUCAGGCUCGAAGCCGCUCGUCAACUCGACAGAACUGCAGGACUUGAUCAGCGGAGACCGCCUAUUGACUCGCGCGAAGAAACUGUUUGAGAUCGCGAAGCUUGGAGAGGAGGAGUACAACCACCCUACCAGGGUCAUUGGCAGCGCCGGACAUCUUGGAACACUCUCCUACAUCUACGAAAGCAUUCUGCAGCUUGGAGACUACUACACCAUCUCGAACCAGAGCUUUCCUGCUGUCUCUGGCAAUGUGUACGAAUCACGACUCGUGCUUGGAGCUGAUGUACCCAAGUCGGCCGCACCAAUGGGCUUGACUCCGCCUACCAAGAACAAGGAGCCAGUCCACGGAGAUGUUGUUCUGGUAGAUAACGAGGGCUGCCAGCUUUCCGAUUUUCCAGACGCGGUUGCUGGCAACAUUGCUUUCAUCAAACGUGGAGUGUGUCCUUUUGGAACCAAGUCAGAGCAUGCUGGCCAGAAGGGGGCUAUCGCUGCCAUCGUAUACAACUACGAGAAUGAUGCGGUUUCCGGUACCUUGGGUACGCCGUCGCCAGAUCACGUUGCUACAUUUGGUCUAUCUGGCGAGGAGGCAGCGCCUGUACUAAAGAAGCUCGAGAAAGAGAAGCGCGUCGAUGCCAUUGCAUACAUCGAUGCCGAAGUUCAGCAGAUCUUGACAGUCAACAUCGUUGCCCAGACCACAGAGGGCGAUCCGGAGAACUGCGUCAUGCUUGGUGCCCACAGCGACAGCGUCGCCGAAGGGCCCGGCAUCAACGACGACGGAUCCGGCACGAUCUCGCUCCUCGAAGUUGCCACACAAUUGACAAAAUUCAACGUCAGCAACUGUGUCCGCUUUGCUUGGUGGGCUGGCGAAGAGGAGGGUCUUCUCGGCUCCGACUACUACGUGCAAUCGUUGUCCGAAGAAGAGAACCAAAAGAUCCGCCUCUUUAUGGACUACGACAUGAUGGCCAGCCCCAACUUCGCCUACCAGAUCUACAACGCCACCAACGCCCUGAACCCCAACGGCUCUGAAGAGCUGCGUGAUCUGUACAUCGACUGGUACGAAUCGCAAGGCUUGAACUACACCUUCAUUCCAUUCGAUGGACGCAGUGACUACGAUGGCUUCAUCCGCAACGGUAUUCCUGGAGGAGGUAUUGCCACCGGAGCGGAGGGUAUCAAGACUAAGGAGGAGGCGGAAGUCUUCGGCGGCAAAGCCGGCGACUGGUACGAUCCUUGCUACCACCAGCUUUGCGACGAUGUUGGUAACGUGAACAUGACUGCUUUCGUUGUCAACACAAAGCUCAUUGCGCACUCGGUUGCUACGUAUGCUGUCUCACUCAAGGACUUUCCCAAGCGUGAGACCACGGCUGCGUCGCAAGCGUACAGGGAGAUGACGAAGUACCACGGCAGUAAGCUGUUCAUCUAGGUGGGAGCAGUGGAUGGUCUCGGCUCUGAGGCUGGAAUGGCAAUGUAUGACAUGGACAGUGAUGUCUUCAACACUGAUCCGUGUGCCAAGUCGUUCUGGAUUAUCUGCUAGACACAGCUCAAGCGUCUGGCACACGGUUAUGCCUUACUUAGCAUUUAUAAGAGCAUUUCAGCAUGUAUCUAGUAUGGGUAGAGAUGUCUGUCGCAUUCAAACACAAGUAUUUGAAUCUCAAACCCCCAAAGCUGCAGUCAAGGGGCUGCGAUGCAUGAAGCCAUCUCAAUACCAUUUAGCUGCCAGCUUCUCCAUCAAGUCACGUCGAUUUCAAUUUGAAAUUGCUAGCCAUCACCAGAAAUCUUGGUAAUAUACCCUCUCCAGUUUCCGUGUUGACGUGCACACGUCCCGCAACUC